ACGGACUAUGAUCCCCCGAGAUCCAGCCUAGAUAUUUAUCUCCUCCCCCCCUGUUGUGGUUUAUUCCCCCAGGUCGUUGGAAUAUCUGGAUUAACGAGAGGGAAGGUGUGUAAGCACUGCAAGCUCCUGACUGCGAUCCGUACCAGAUUCAGCAUACUCAACGGCAGGAUGGAUUUGAUGGUGCUUAGGAUUUUGUAGUUUUGUGAGAAGUUUGUGCUUGGAUUUGACGUCUUGUUUGCAGCUGGGAGUUUUUAAUGUUCCUAUCUAUUUUACAAAUAGCGAGUUAAUAAUGACUUUAUUCAUCAUCAAAGUUUAUUUUGCCUUACCUAUAGCUUUGAAGAAUCACCCGCCCGAUUAAACGAUUCUCAAGAGCUGCUGCUAUUGGGCUCUGAUUUUUAUUUUAAUUUAUUUUUUAAGAUCUCGUAGCCAUAACCAGCGCUAGCGAGGUAACCAGCCCGGGCUAGUGUCUGGCCCCUAAGCCGUUCUCGCUUGGGCGCGCGCUGCUGGUCCCAGCAACGUUUUCUCCUCUCCGCUUUUGGCUGGGACUGAACCCGGACCUUCUUCCCUUCCCCCCCCAAACAAAAGGCGCUUUCCUCAAAGAGCCUCGUCCACGCUUUUUCUCCCUCCGCCAACCUGAAGUCUACUCCAUCGCUUCUCAUCUUCUAUCCUCGAGAGUCGACUCAACGAUAGGAACGCCUAUCUUUCUUUCUUUUCAAGCGAUAUAGUGGGCUCCUUCUGCCAAUUCCCUGCUACCUCAAUGUCGGUUUAGCGCUUUUGCCCGUUUUUUGUGUCGAAGAGCACCCAACGCAUCCGGCACCAUGACUCGGGGUGAUGAAACCCUGCUUGCUGUAGCUGGCAUCCUGCAGGGUCUGGCAAAGGAUGUCCCCGACUCCGCAUCGCUGCCUUUCAACAGCUACAAGUCCAACAAUGCUACCAACGGCGAUGUGGCGAAAAUAAAUCUGCCAGGCGAAAACAGCGAUGGUAAGGCAGUUUUGGAACGGGAGUUGGAGGAUCUGAUCCGUAGGAUCGGUACUAUGCAAUGUUUUGUGCCCCCAUCCCGACGAUCUACCCGCGCAGCGAUUUCCAGUGGACAAGACACUAAUUCCCACGGGUCACCUAAACCCCUCCCCGAAUCCGAUGUGAACUAUGAAGACGAUAUACAUUUCCUACAGAACCGAGUUCAACUUCAAGCACAAGAAAUACAACUACAGAAAGAUGUAAUCUCUAGGGUUCGUGAGGAACUCAAAGAACAGGAGAAAAAUACCGAGAAAGCCCUAGGGAAGGUGAAAAAGGAGGAUGUCGGCAUAUUAGAGCGGGAACUACGCAAGCACCAACAGGCCAACGAGGCUUUCCAAAAGGCCUUACGAGAAAUUGGCGGGAUCAUCACACAAGUUGCAAAUGGAGACUUGUCUAUGAAAGUUCAGAUCCAUCCGUUAGAAAUGGACCCGGAAAUCACGACAUUUAAACGCACUAUUAAUACUAUGAUGGACCAACUCCAGGUUUUCGGGAGCGAAGUGUCAAGAGUGGCCCGGGAGGUCGGAACCGAAGGAAUCCUUGGCGGGCAAGCUCAGAUUACCGGAGUCCAUGGUAUCUGGAAAGAGCUGACGGAAAAUGUAAAUAUCAUGGCCAAGAAUCUUACAGAUCAAGUCCGAGAAAUCGCAACUGUCACGACAGCCGUCGCCCAUGGUGAUCUCAGCCAGAAGAUCGAAAGCAGAGCCAAAGGUGAAAUUUUGGAGCUUCAGCAAACCAUCAACACUAUGGUGGAUCAACUUCGUACAUUUGCUACUGAAGUUACGCGGGUCGCCCGAGACGUGGGCACUGAGGGUGUACUAGGUGGACAAGCUCAGAUUGAGGGAGUCCAAGGAAUGUGGAACGAACUUACUGUUAAUGUCAAUGCCAUGGCCGAAAAUCUUACGACCCAAGUCCGUGAUAUUGCGAUGGUAACGACGGCGGUCGCCAAGGGCGAUCUUACACAGAAAGUCCAGGCUAACUGCAAGGGUGAAAUUCUUGCUUUGAAAACAAUUAUCAAUUCCAUGGUUGACCAACUGAAGCAAUUUGCGCAAGAGGUCACAAAAAUCGCCAAGGAGGUCGGAACAGAUGGUGUCCUUGGUGGCCAGGCAACUGUUCAUGAUGUGGAAGGAACUUGGAAGGAUCUCACUGAGAAUGUUAACGGCAUGGCCAUGAACCUUACUACUCAGGUCCGCGAGAUUGCUGACGUUACCACUGCUGUCGCCAAGGGUGACUUGACAAAGAAAGUCACUGCAGACGUGAAAGGCGAAAUAUUGGAUUUGAAAAACACAAUUAACGGAAUGGUGGAUAGACUGAACACCUUCGCCUUCGAGGUCAGCAAAGUGGCGCGAGAAGUCGGCACUGAUGGCACUCUUGGCGGUCAGGCAAAGGUGGAUAACGUGGAGGGUAAAUGGAAGGAUUUGACCGAUAACGUCAACACCAUGGCUCAAAAUCUGACUUCUCAGGUGAGAGGGAUAUCCGAAGUAACCCAAGCUAUUGCCAAGGGUGAACUUGCGAAGAAGAUCGAAGUCCAUGCUCAAGGUGAGAUACUCACUUUGAAAGUGACGAUCAAUAACAUGGUGGACCGCCUUGCCAACUUCGCCCACGAGCUCAAACGAGUGGCGCGCGAUGUCGGAGUCGACGGAAAGAUGGGUGGCCAAGCCAACGUUGAAGGAAUUGCUGGUAGAUGGAAAGAGAUCACUGAGGACGUUAACACCAUGGCUGAAAACUUGACAUCUCAAGUGCGCGCUUUCGGAGAAAUCACCGAUGCAGCCACUGAUGGUGAUUUCACCAAACUAAUCACCGUGAAUGCUUCCGGCGAGAUGGACGAGCUUAAGCGGAAGAUCAAUAAGAUGGUUUCGAAUCUUCGAGAUAGUAUUCAGCGAAACACUGCCGCCAGAGAAGCAGCAGAACUUGCCAACCGCACAAAGUCCGAGUUCCUCGCAAAUAUGAGUCACGAAAUCCGAACCCCGAUGAACGGCAUCAUAGGCAUGACACAGCUGACGCUAGAUACUGACGACCUCAAGCCAUACCCGCGAGAGAUGUUGAACGUGGUGCAUAGCCUAGCCAAUAGCUUAUUGACGAUUAUUGACGAUAUCCUCGAUAUCUCCAAGAUUGAAGCGAACCGCAUGGUCAUUGAAAAGAUUCCAUUUAGCAUGAGAGGCACCGUAUUCAACGCGCUUAAAACCUUAGCUGUAAAAGCCAACGAGAAGUUCUUGAGCCUUGCGUACCAAGUGGAUAGUUCCGUUCCCGACUACGUCACUGGUGAUCCGUUCAGAUUACGUCAAAUUAUACUAAACUUGGUCGGGAACGCGAUCAAAUUUACGGAACAUGGGGAAGUCAAACUUGCUAUUAGCAGAUCGGAUCGAGAGGAAUGUAAAGAUAAUGAAUACGCGUUCGAAUUCUCCGUUUCGGAUACUGGAAUCGGAAUUGAGGAAGACAAGUUGGAUUUGAUCUUCGAUACCUUCCAGCAAGCUGACGGCUCGACGACCAGGAAGUUCGGAGGAACUGGUCUGGGGCUAUCUAUUUCUAAGAGAUUAGUGAAUCUCAUGGGUGGUGAUGUUUGGGUUACCUCUGAAUAUGGCCUCGGAAGUAGCUUCCACUUCACGUGCGUUGUAGAACUGGCAGACCAGUCUAUCAGCAUGAUUAGCGCGUCCCUCCUGCCCUACAAAAACCACCGUGUUCUGUUCAUCGACAAAGGCCAGACCGGUGGCCACGCAGAGGAAAUUACCGAAAUGCUGAAGCAGCUUGACCUAGAGCCCAUUGUUGUGAAGGAUGAAUCGCAGGUACCACCACCGGAAAUUCAGGAUCCCACAGGCAAGGAUUCCGGACAUGCUUACGACGUUAUAAUCGUCGACUCCGUCGACACCGCGCGAAAUCUGCGCACGUACGAUGAGUUUAAAUACAUACCUAUCGUUCUAUUAUGCCCUGUCGUUUCUGUCAGUCUGAAGUCAGCACUGGAUCUGGGUAUCACAUCCUACAUGACGACUCCUUGUCAGCCUAUCGAUCUAGGCAAUGGCAUGUUGCCUGCUCUUGAAGGACGUUCCACGCCAAUAACUACAGACCACACAAGAUCGUUUGAUAUUCUUUUGGCCGAGGACAACGAUGUGAACCAGAGGGUUGCCGUCAAGAUACUAGAGAAAUGCAACCAUGGCGUGACCGUUGUCAGCAAUGGCCUCCAAGCUGUAGAAGCGAUCAAGAAGCGUCGAUACGACGUUAUUUUGAUGGAUGUCCAAAUGCCUGUUAUGGGAGGAUUCGAAGCUACGGGCAAGAUCCGAGAAUAUGAAAAGAAAAACGGACUAUCACGAACGCCCAUUAUCGCUUUGACCGCACACGCGAUGCUCGGUGACCGGGAGAAAUGUAUCCAAGCCCAGAUGGAUGAAUACCUGGCUAAACCUCUGAAACAGAACCAGAUGAUUCAAACCAUCUUGAAGUGCGCAACUCUCGGUGGUUCCCUCCUGGAAAAGAGCAAGGAGCCAAGAAUGUCGAGCAGCGGCGAGCCUCCUCACCACGUCCCCAACAGCAAUGGAAUGAAAUCACUAGACACGAAGAACCAACGACCGGGGAUGGACAGUCAAGCUACAUCGGCAUCUGGUGGUCCCAAUCCGAAUCAGAAAUCUGACGUAGUGAGUACACGUCAAACCCGUGUGGCUAGUUCGUGGACUAAAGAUUAGAAGUAGCAUCUACUACGGUCAUGGACCGGCUAAGUCAGCUUUCUCCUUGGUUUUCCAGGGUAGUUCCUGCCUCCUUUCCUUUUACUCACGACUCUUUCCUCUUUCCGUUCUCGUUUUAUUUCUCUUUGCGACUUCGUUUACUUGUGUAAGACGAUUAUGGCCUCAUUUCUGCAUAUAUACUAUUCGGUUUCGCUUUUUAUAUUUCCUAGCUAUCUCUCGCUUUUGUUUUUCGCACUACUACCUCGUACCAUUGCGUUUUUAUUGUGGCUAUGCUGUCAUUGUCGUUACUGCUUUAUUAUCUUUUUGGUUUCACUUUAUUCAUUUUAUUACCUUUUUUUGGGCUUUACCUUUCCUAAUAUGUCGUUGGUAUUUGUCUUUUUUUUUUUGAUGUUUCUUUAAAUCUCUCUUCUAUUUCCUCCCCCGUAUCUCACAUCACAUUCUUCCCGUGUUUCUGAACGAAUCUGCCCUGUUUGGCACCCCCGAUAUACUUCCUUUUUGUUGAAUUCGUUAUCUUUGGCGUAUGGCGUAGGCAGGGUUCAAACAUAACCUCAGUUUCGGCCGGGGAAAAACCAAGACGACCUGGGUGGUGGAGUGGAAUAGUUGCGACGGCUUACUUGAUUUUAUGUGUGUGUGUAUAGGUGUUUUCGUCUUCUGUGUGUUUCUUAAAGAAGAGUGGAGCAGCAAGCAGCAACGUGUAUUUCAUUUUCGCACACGUAGUUAUUAGUUAUAUCUGUGCGCCUUGUUUUUUUUUUUUUUCUACUGUCCCUUCUAAUUUACUUUUCAUCUUUUCUCCGUUACUAUUUAUAUUUUAACCCUCUCCCCUUGAAUCUAUUUCCGUUAUUUUUCUUUUGACCAGUGGACCCACUCGUUAAUGCUAUUUUUUUUUUU